AUGCGUCCGGAGCACGCCCUCGAGUCACCUCGACCUAUCGACCUAACGGAACCAACCCCACCCGAACUGAGCCAGCCUCAACAGAUCACAGCAACGGUACAGCUGACUUCCACCAACGCCGAGGACAGGCUGGGGCCGCUGGGCCGCCGCCGGAUUGUUCUCACACCAGCGAAGCCGACCUGUCCGAUCGGAAGAGCGAGCAGCAAGAGGCCGGGACUCGAAGCUAGUGCCACCAAUGCGUAUUUCGAGAGUGCUGUCGUUUCGCGAUGCCACGGCGAGUUGCAGCUUGAUGUUCAAGGUCGGCAAAUUAUCCUCAAGGACAAGGGAUCUCUCCACGGAACCCUCCACAACGACAGGCUCCUGAAGACAAAGGAGACCCGAACUCUAAAGUCUGGUGACACAAUCACAUUGGGCGCACCAAUCGAGCGAGGACACGAUAAAUUCCAGCCAUACAAAGUCCACACCAACAUUGUCUGGGAUGUUCCCUAUCAUGCGGACAGGCCAGUGACGUACACUGUCCCGGACGAUACGGAUGUCGAAGAUAACGAGGAUGACUGCGGCGACGAAACCGAUCUUGACUUUGCCCAGUCGGUUCUUGUCGAGAACGGGUUCAACCCACUGAGCAGCCCCAGUCGUGCAGCGGCCGCAUCAACUUUGCAGAGCUAUUCUGGUGGCGUCGUCGACCUGACAGAGGGUCAGGUGGCUGCUGCGGUUCAAGAGGUCCACAAGACCACUGAACCGACCAGCAUUGACUUCGAAGAGCCCGACCUUUACUCGGAUGAUCGAGUCCCUGUCGGAGUUCUGCCAGCCGAGACUUUGUGGUAUAGCACAAUUGGCGAUGAAAGCAGCGAGGAUAUGCCCGAGAGUUCCAGUGCGGAGGAAUGGGGGCCCCGUACAUCGAGUGGGAGUGGGAACGAACUCGCCGAUGUUUCGGCCUAUGAGAGCGAGCUAGACAACGAUGUUGGAGUUCACGACCUGGAUGACGAACAACCCCUCGAGGAAGAUUUCAUGGACUCCGAUGCCGCCUCUCUCAUGGAUGACUUUGGGUCAGAUGAGGCCACUAAGUGGGUGGACUAUGGAGGUACCACGACCGAAGUUACCGCCAAGGCGAAAGCGGAAGAAGCAAAGCAGACAACUACCGUAGACGACGAGAUUCCACAGGAAUUGCCAACUCGUGAUACCGAGCCCACAGUCGAAGGCAUGUCUGCUGACGCUGAGCAUCAGACCGCUUCUCCUAAAACCCCGUCUCGCAAGCGGGCCGCGGAUACGAUAUCACGUUCAACGGCGGAAGAGGACGAGGCCAUGUUCAAGGCCACAGAGAUUGCUGUUCAAGCUGAAGAUGUCUCAAAAGAGCCCACGACGCUGGCGGUUGAGUCGUCAUACGCAAUUUCACAGACCGAGCCGGUGAACGAGUCGAGCCCUGUGGUGCAGGCUGUCUCUACUACAAAGGACCAACGGCCCGCGAAACGUGUCCGCCGUAGCGUUGCAGAGGCUGCCGGAUAUGUCGCAUUGGGAGGUGUGCUGGCAUGGUCUGCCUUGGUAGCGACUGCUCCAGUCUUGUAA